UCGGGGGGGUCUUGGAACCACUUAGUCAGAACUCUGCAUGAUUUAAAUACUUCCCUUGUGCCCCAGACUUUGAACUCCAUCCCCCUUGGGCAAAUCUCCACUCUACCACUUUGUUUUUUUCCCUGUUGUGUACCUUGCUUGCGUCGAGCUCUACCCUCAAAGCUUGUCGGCGCAGCUAAUUUUUUGAUCGAUUGGAAGAUAAGAUAACGCGUCGUAGAGGACUUUGGAGAAAUACCAAGGCACCAUGUCUGUUUCAGCAGCACUCAAGAGCAGGGUUAGGAGGCCGAGUUAUCUGAAGAAGAUUGCCAAAGCUGAGGACUUGCUUCAUCACUUUCCCAAUGGCGCGUACGUUGGCUGGAGUGGCUUCACAGGUGUUGGAUAUCCCAAGAAGAUCCCCACCGCCUUGGCGGACCAUGUUGAGAAGAACAACCUCCAAGGACAACUCAAGUACAAUCUAUUUGUCGGCGCGUCCUCAGGCGCGGAAACGGAGAACCGAUGGGCGCGUCUAAAUAUGAUUGAGCGCCGGUCGCCGCAUCAGGUUGGCAAGGAGAUUGCAAAGGGCAUCAACAACGGUAACAUCAACUUCUUCGACAAGCAUUUGAGCAUGUUUCCCGUGGACUUGAUGUACGGGUUCUAUACGCUCAACAAACCCAAUAACAAACUGGAUGUUACUAUUGUAGAAGCAUCCGCCAUUACAGAAGAUGGUGGAAUCAUUCCCGGAGCCAGUGUCGGCGCAUCACCAGAACUCAUCCAAAUGGCCGACAAGAUCAUCAUCGAAGUCAACACUGCAGCUCCGUCCUUCGAAGGCCUACAUGAUAUUACUAUGACGGAUCUCCCACCUCGCCGAAAGCCGUAUCUCAUCAUGUCUCCUGAGGAUCGAAUUGGCACCCCGCACAUCCCCGUUGACCCUGAGAAGGUCAUUGCAAUCGUGGAAAGCGACUACCCUGAUCAAACGCAGCCCAACGCAGCUGAAGACGAUACCUCGAGGGCUAUUGCAUCGAAUCUGAUUGAGUUCUUGAAACACGAAGUGAAGCAUGGCCGAUUGCCAGAAAACCUCCUGCCCCUCCAGAGUGGCAUCGGAAACAUUGCCAACGCGGUCGUUGGAGGCCUCGCGUCCGGUGGCGCAAACUUCAAGAACCUCAAAGUAUGGACAGAGGUCCUCCAGGACUCCUUCCUUGAUCUCUUCGACUCUGGCAACCUCGAUUUCGCCACUGCAACAUCGAUUCGCUUCUCACCUGAUGGGUUUGAGCGUUUCUACAAGAAUUGGGACCAGUAUGCGCCGAAGCUCCUUCUACGCUCGCAACAAGUUUCCAAUAGUCCGGAGAUUAUCAGACGGUUGGGCGUUAUUGGUAUGAACACGCCGGUCGAGGUGGAUAUCUAUGCGCAUGCAAACUCGACUUGUGUGAUGGGCAGCCGUAUGCUGAACGGCCUCGGUGGAUCUGCCGACUUCUUGCGAUCGGCCAAGUACUCAAUCAUGCAUACGCCGUCGACGCGCCCCUCCAAGACCGACCCCACAGGUGUAUCCUGCAUCGUGCCCAUGUGCACACAUAUCGACCAGACGGAGCACGACCUCGACGUCGUCGUUACGGAGCAAGGACUCGCCGAUGUUCGUGGUUUGAGUCCGAGGGAAAGGGCCAGGGUGAUUAUCGCGAAAUGCGCGCAUCCUGACUACAGGCCUAUCCUUGAGGAUUACUUCAACAAGGCCGAGUUUGAGUGCUUGAGGAAGGGAUGGGGACAUGAGCCACACUUGCUGUGGAACAGCUUCGACAUGCACAAGCACCUCAACGAGAAGGGCACCAUGAAACUGCCGAGCUGGGAUUGGAGGAGUAGCGAGGAGGGGAUGAAGACUGAGAAGCUAUAGAUGAAUAGCGGCAGAGGAAGUCACGCAACACUAGAUAGGCCAUUCUGAUGUACACUAGUAUAUAGAAACUGAAGUUUGUUAAGGCCUUCCACGAGAGUAUAGAGAAAGGAGCUAUGACCUCUCUCGGCUACACUUGCCUCGGCCCUCGU